CGCUUCAGUGCUGUAGCGAUCGUUUCGUGGUGAGGAUAGUACGUAGUCGUCCUCGACAUCGCGAAUGCGUCCUCGAAACGUCCGUUCGUCCUCUUGGCGGGUCUUUCCUCGAGACGACAUAAAAGAGGUUAAAGAGCAGCAAGGAAAACGAAGCUGACGUUUCGUCUAAAUACGACGAUAUAUAACAAGAAAUAAUAAUAAACAAUAAAUCAAAGGAAAAAGGAAAGGAUCUAGAUCGAACGAGAGAUUUAGACGAGGAAAUUAUUAUUUUUUCAAAGGAAAAAGGAAGGUAAAGAGAAGAAAGGAGAGUAAGCAGAAGAAGAAAAGAAGAAGGAAAGGAGAAAAAUAGGACUGACAUUUGCCUGGGAACAAGGAUCUCGUCUCGUUUGGUACGGCGUGUUACCACUACCUGUAUAUAUCCUGAUUGGCGUAUCCAAUUUGCCUGCUGCGUUUGCAGACACGAGACUGCCUGUUCUAAGGCGGACGUUUCGAAGCUGAAUGAGGCUGAUGGAACCGUUGCGUAUCGCCCCGGAUGUCGUCGACAUAAGUGCACUAAAAAAAUGGACCGAUUUUCCUGUUCAACAUCGAUUCACGGACUAUUCGAAUUCUAUCGAUGAACCGAGUCAUCACACCAUUAGUCCAUUUCCCUGUCAACCUGCACUUAACAACAAAAUUGCAUUAUGGACUGGCGAUAUAUCCAUUUUACAAGUGGACGCCGUGGUAAACUCCACAAACGAGACAAUGGACGAAAAUAGCAUCAUGUGCCAAAGAAUAUUCGAUCGUGCAGGGUCAGCACUUAAGAUGGAAAUUUAUAACGAAGUAAAAGAAUGUAAAACCGGUGAAGUCCGAGUGACUCAAGGACAUGGCUUACCCGCACGGUUUAUCAUUCAUACUGUUGGCCCAUUUUACAAUAUCAAAUAUCAAACAGCAGCUCAGAACACGUUGCAUUGUUGUUACAGAAACGUAUUACAAAAAUCCAGAGAGCUUGGACUACGUAGCAUCGCUUUGCCAGUGAUCAACUCAGUGAGAAGAAAUUAUCCACCUGAUGCAGGAGCACAUAUAGCACUUAGAACGAUAAGAAGGUUUCUGGAGCAAUACUCAGACUCUCUGACGUGUAUAAUCCUCGUCCUAGAACCCUGUGACCUCGGUAUAUACGAAAUAAUUCUCCCACUUUAUUUUCCAAGAAAUUUGGCGGAACAGGACAACGCAUGCUGGCAAUUACCAAUCGAUAUAGGUGGAACCGAUGGAGAACCAUUGUUACCUGAUCGUCAAAUUAGAAUUAUUGACAAUCCUCAACACGCUUUACAUGGUUCAAGUUCAAAUCAGGGCAACCGUUGGGAAUCGAUCAUACCGUUAAGUGGGUCAUUCGACGAUGAAGAAACCGUGGAACUUUCUACACAAUUGGAGACAUCUGUUAAUAUCGGAGAACAUGCGUUUGCACAAAUGCAAGGUGACUUGGAUCGGCAAAGACUUCUUGGAGAAAGAUCAGUCACUGAUCCACUUGCUGAUAUCAUGAUCAAACAAAUGCAACAAAAGGAAAGGUAUGAGAGGCUUUUGAGAAGAGCAAAAACGGAAGAUCUUACCGAGGUAUCCGGAAUUGGCUGCCUUUAUCAAAGUGGCGUAGAUCGUCAAGGAAGACCAGUAGUAGUGUUUGUUGGCAAAUGGUUCCCAGCUACAAAGAUUAACUUGGACAAGGCUUUACUAUAUGUCAUCCAGUUAUUGGACCCGAUCGUGAAAGGUGAUUAUGUGAUUGCAUACUUUCACACGUUGACCACAAGUAGCAACUAUCCUAGCUUACAAUGGCUACGUGAAGUCUACAAUGUGCUUCCUUACAAAUAUAAAAAAAAUCUUAAGCAAUUUUAUAUCAUUCAUCCUACUUUCUGGACCAAAAUGAUGACGUGGUGGUUCACGACGUUCAUGGCACCAGCGAUUAAACAAAAAGUCCAUAAUUUACCUGGUGUUGAAUACCUGUACGAAGUUAUGGCACCUGAUCAAUUAGAAAUUCCAGCUUACAUCACGGAAUACGAUAUGACGAUAAACGGCCUGAGGUAUUACACGCCAGAUCAGUUCUCAGAGGUAGAAACAUCGUCGCGAACGUAACUCAUCGAGAAGAGUAAAAAGAGCGAAAUAAUACAAGUGAAAGAACGUAUAUGCGAUUAUUAGAAUAAGGUGUUUCGAAGGAAGGAAAGAAAGAAAGAAAGUGAAAAAGAAAAAAUUAAAGAAAAAAAAAAAAUAACAAAACGACAAAUCUCGUGCAGAGAGACGUGCAUGCUGUCUUGUGAUGGCACCAUUAUCAUCAGGCACGUUAUUUGAUUAACGGGACACGGAACAUUUCUUUUUUUUUUUUUUCCAAACGUAUGAUCUCGUAUCUCUCUUAUCGUCCAUUCUUCCAACAUAAGAAAUAAAAAAGAAAGAAAGAAAGAAACGAAAAGAAAAAAAAAGAAACGCUUUACACUAAAAGGACGUCGACGAGAGAAUGUGACGGAAAAAAAAAUCUCGCUGAUAGCUUCGUAGGAUAUACAAAAAGAAAAUAAAUUAAUUAAUGAAAUAAAUUAAAUAAAAUGAAUAAAAAGUAUUUCGAGGAAGCAAAAAUAUUAUAUACCUAUGUGAAUACGAGGGCGACUUCUUUUCAAUCGCGGUCUUUUACUUUUCAUUUUUCUUUUUCUUUCAUUCAUUCUUUCUUUCUUUCUUAUAUUUAAUUUCUAUCUAACUUUUUUUUUUUUUUUUAAUGUACAAAUUUCAUUUCUAAAACGAAAAGAAAAAAAAAGGGGGCAAAAGAAACAAACAACCGGACAGGCAAACAAACAAACAAAGCCGCGAAUUUUUCAAAUAGCCCUAGUACAUUGACGCGAUGACUCAAAAAAUUCUCCCCUUCUUCAAAAAAAAAUAAAAAAGAAAAAAAACAAGAGUCUUCUUAAGAAAUCGAUAAACUUAUAUGACUGAUCUAUACUCGAUAUAGAUCUUACAUUAUUUUGAGCUGGAUCAUAGUCGUGAUUUAAAUCCUAACUUGACCCUGCAACUGCCAUUAGUGCACAAAAAAAAGGAACAAAGAAAAAAAAUACAAAAAAAGAAAAAAGAAAAAUACAAAAACAUGUACGUGAUUAAAAAUUUUGUUCACAUCGCGAUUUAACUCUAUUUUGCGAAUUUCAAUUCCGUAUUAAUGCACGUAAUGCACAUUAAACAUUUUUUUUAUUUUUAUCCUACUUCUUAUUCUUCUUCUUCUUCUUUUUUCAAUGUGAUCGUCACCUUAGAUCGUUAGUAAUUCAAUUUGUGAUUGAAUAGUUCGUGUAAACUUUUUUUAAAAGCCUACGACGGAAAUAUAUAUAUUAAACUAUCCGACAGUUGUAGGAUCAAUUUGCAACUUACGCUAUGUGUGUGCGCGUGCACGUGUUUGUUUGCGUGAAUGCAUAUGCAAGAAUGUGUAUGUGUGAGAGAGAGAGUGUGUAUGUACGUGCGUGUACGUGCAUUUUUGUCGAAUGAUCGAUUGGUCACUAACACUCGAAAGAAUUCCCAUUCGCCUAAAACGAAAUAUAUCGGCUGCCAAAACACCAAUAAUAAUUAAUAUUCUCAUUAUCGUAAUCGUUAUCGCGAGAAAAUGAGAAUGGAUUAGAAGGAAUGACAAUGUUAAAUUCUUCGAUAAGAAUUAUUUCGAUUAUUUUUCUAUAAUUGUUCUUUUUCUUUUUUUGUCGGCAAGAGACGGCAAGAGAAAUAAAUAAAUAAAUAAAUAAAACAAGCCAAAAGAAAAAUAUUUGCAUCUUUUGUUCAUUGCCGAUAACGUAUAUAUUAUAUGUACAUUAUUGAUAUUUUGUUGAAAAAUAAGCUUCAGUAGAAUAUUUUCGAUCAAUGAUGAAUAGAUCCGCAUAAUUCAGUGAAAUUGAAAAUAAGUCUUGUUUAAUUCAAAAGGCCAGCGUAUUAGACUAAUAUAAAAAAUAAUCUUGAAUGGCAAUUAUACAAUUCACAUUUGUUUCUUCGCUUGAAAAAUAAUUUUUUUUUUUUUUUUUGAUUUUAUAUAAAUCUAUAUAGCACGUUUAUGAGAAAUUAUAUAAAGUUAUUAUAUUUUGUAAGUUAUUAGGAAAAGAAAGAAAAAAAAGAAAUAAUGACGAUACGUAAGAUCUAUGUGUAAGGAGAUUAACAAAUGAAAUUUGUCACGGGAUGUAAAAUUGUCAUGUGAAGAAGUAUGUUGUAAAACUUUGUUAAAAGUGUCGGAUUAGACGUCACUUUAUUUGUAUAAUUCUAUAAAUAGGACACGAAUGAAAGAGAAUAGACCAAGUUGAAUAUGAAAAGAGUGUCAUUGUUAUAUUAAUAAUAAUAUUAAUAUAUAUAUUAUAUAUUAUAUAUUAUAUAUAUAUAUAUAUCGUCUGCAAUGUAUGUAGUCGUACAGUACCAUCUCGAGUUAUUGAGAACUCCCGUUAUAAAAUCUGUUAUAUAAAUAUAUAUAUAUAUAUAUUUAUAUAUAUAUAUGUAUGUAUGUAUAAUAUAUGAAUCGGUGAUUAUGAAAGUGAUCUAAGUCAUAUGUGUAUUUAUCGUUUUAAAAUAUUUUAAUAAGCAAUUGCGUUGUUUGAAAUAUAUAAAAAUUAUUUUUCUAUAAUGGUACUAACAAAGAAAGUAAUUAUGUAUAUGCGUAUAUUAAUCCUUGAAAGAUAAUUCCUUCACUUUAUUAUAAAAUUUUAUAUAAAAAUUAUUGUUCUUAAACACGAAUAGAAAAAAGUAAUUGUGUAUAUUUAUUCUUGAAAAAUAAUUCCUUUAAUGUAAUUAUAAAAUUAUGAAAUUAAAAGAAAUAAAAAUGAAAAAUAAAGUCUGACAAACAAUAUGUCUUUUAAUAAAUAGGAUUCGAAAUGACUUUACGUCACUUUCAUGAUCAAUCAACGAUUGUUAUAUAUAUAUAUAUAUAUAUAUAUAUAUAUAUAUAUAUAUAUAUACAUACAUAUAUAUAAAUAUAUAUAUAUAUAUAUAAUAUAAUCAUCUGCCAUCGCAUAAUGUGAAUAUUUUCAGAGAAGAUUAAACCAAAAAGAAAAGAAACCCAAACACGUAACGAAGAAUGAAAUUUAAAUGAGUUCAUGCAAAGGAAUAAAUAGUUAAUUACUAAGCCUUAUAGAUUCGACUGUUGCGUAUGUGUAUUUCUCGAAGAAGAAGCAGAAGAAUAAAAAGAAGAAAAGGAAGAAGAAAAGUGCAAUAGAUCGCCAAAGAUCAGCCUAGAUCGUGACUCCUGGACCAUAUACAUAAUUGCCAAAAGAAAGACCUAUGGAAUAUUAGAUGGAGGUGAAAAACUGUCGAAAUGAAUAAAUAAAUAAAUAAAUAAAUAAAGCAAUAAAUAAAUCAUUUGAAAGAGAGCUUGCUCGCAAUGUGUUGCACGAAAUUCAAAUAAUAAUAAUAAUAAUAAUAAUGAUGAUGAUGAUGAUGAUGAUGAUGAUAAUGAUGAUGAUGAUGAUGAUGAUGAUGAUGAU